AGAGCAGAAGUCCACAGUCCAGGCGUCCGGAAGUGCCUGGGCCACAGGCUUCCGGUGAGGGUCGGGAAGGAUGGCGGUGGCCACCAUGUUCCCGGGUCUGGCACGGAUGCUUGCUCUGCCAAGGCGCCACCUAGUGUCACCCUCGCUCAGCACGACAUCAUUCAGCCGUUUCUACAGAGGUGACAGCCCAACAGAUUCCCAAAAAGACAUGAUUGAAAUCCCUUUGCCUCCGUGGCAGGAGCGAACUGAUGAGUCCAUAGAAACCAAAAGAGCCCGGCUGCUCUAUGAGAGCAGAAAGAGGGGAAUGUUGGAAAACUGUAUUCUGCUUAGCCUCUUUGCUAAAGAAUAUCUGCACCACAUGACAGAGAAACAGCUGAACCUGUAUGAUCGUCUGAUUAAUGAGCCCAGUAACGACUGGGAUAUUUACUACUGGGCCACAGAAGCAAAACCAGCCCCAGAAAUCUUUGAAAACGAAGUCAUGACGAUGCUCAGAGACUUCGCUAAAAACAAAAACAAAGAGCAGAGACUGCGUGCCCCGGAUCUUGAAUACCUCUUUGAAAAGCCUUGUUGAGCUGUGCACCGCUGCCUGCCACGGGGGCUCAGUCCACAGGCCCUAACAUGAUAGGCAGUGGCCUUGACUUCCUGCCUCUCCUUAGACAGCCCACCCAGACCAUUCGGCUUGCCUCCAAUGAUGGACCCAUCUCUCAGGCCGUGUAAAUGUUCAGUUUGACUCAUUCUGGCAAUUUUGUGCAGUUUUUACGCCUCAGAAGUGGUUGUCAGGGUUGCUGGCACUCAGGUCCGUUUCUGUGGCUGCUGUCUCCGGAGGCAGGCCUCUGCCACAGGAGGGCACUGUAGGUUAGCGAUGGGCCUGGCUCACUGCUUCAGCCACGAGGGGUGUGUGCUCAGUGGGAAGAGGCAGCCAGCGGCCAGUCCCUGAGCAGCCCAGGGCCUUAUUCAAGUGAAAUUCCCCCUUCCCGCCCCCAGUGUGGUCCUUUCUACCAAAGGAAGUGGAUCCAAGCCCCCUGAGCUGAAUCGUUCAAAGGCACCGCAGGCAGAAUGAGGGCAGCAAGCAGGAAUGUGUGGGCCGAAAGGUAAUUAAACCGAAACGUAAUUAAAUAUUAAAGAAUAUUUCACAAAGGAAAAUCACAA